AUGCAGGAAAAGCCCCAGGAGUAUUCCAGAGAUACCAACAAAAAUGCUCUUUGGAAAAAAAUUAAGGCUUUUUGGAGAAGGCUGACUGAGGGAAACACAGAUCCAAGAGAAAGCGGAGCUGGAAACACCCAGGAAGCAGCGGCGGGGCGGACCCGUCAGGGAGCCGAGCUGCGGAGCCUGGAGCUGGAGCAGAGCCGCCACCGGGACCUGCUGCUGCUGCCGGAGCUGCGCGACUCGUACGAGAACCUCACGGCCAAGGUGCUGGCCACCUACGUGUGGCUGGACACGCACCUGGACUUCCAGUUCGCCCUCAAGGCUGACGACGACACCUUCGUGCGCUUGGACGUGCUGGUGGAGGAGCUGAGGGCCAAGGAGCCGCGGCGCCUCUAUUGGGGCUUCUUCUCGGGCCGCGGGAGGGUGAAAUCCGGGGGCAAGUGGAAGGAGAGCGCUUGGCUGCUGUGCGAUUAUUACCUGCCCUACGCGCUGGGCGGCGGCUACGUGAUCUCCGCCGACCUGGUGCGCUACCUGCGCCUCAGCAGGGACUACCUGAACCUGUGGCAGAGCGAGGACGUGUCCCUGGGGGUGUGGCUGGCGCCCAUCGACGUGAAGAGAGUGCACGACCCCCGCUUCGACACCGAGUACAAAUCGCGCGGCUGCAACAACAAAUACAUCGUGACUCACAAGCAGAGCAUCGAGGACAUGCUGGAGAAGCACCAGACGCUGGCGAAGGAAGGGAAGCUCUGUAAGGAAGAGGUGAAACUCAGGCUUUCCUACAUGUACGACUGGGGAGUGCCUCCCUCCCAGUGCUGCCAGAGGAAGGAUGGCAUCCCCUGAAAGGCUCGGGGAGAAGCCUCAGGAGGAUGGACUCUGCUUGCUGUUACACGGGGAGAAUCCCAGUAAAAUGGAAUUCUUGCCUCAGUUUCUCCCUCAGAACAUUGGGCCCAAGGCUUUGGGAUGCGGGUCUGGCUGGAUUUAGGGAAGAGUGGUUCAUUUGAGUCAGGACUCCUGGAAUCUCCCACUCCAUAUCCAUGGACAGACUUUCCAAAUCCCGGCCUGCUGCUGUGGAUCCAUAAUUCCAGCAGAAUUGAGCGGGAAGAGCUGCUAACAUGGAAUUUUUGUGGAAGGAUGGCAUCCCCUGAAAGCCUUGGGGAGAAGCCUCAGGAGGAUGGACUCUGCUUGCUGUUACAUGGAGGAGAAUCCCAUUAAAAUGGAAUUUUUGCCUCAGUUACUCCCUCAGAACAUUGGGAACAAAUCAUUCCCCUCAGGCACCAAUCCCAAAGGCUUUGGGAUGCGGGCCUGGCUGGAUUUAGGGAAGAGCAGUUCAUUGGAGUCAGGGGUUAAUUACUCUUAGGAAGAUUUUGCGCAGCUCGUUCUGUCACCCCAGAGCUGCUGCUGUGGCACAGUUAGAGAUGCUUAAAAAAACCCCCAAAACAGGUGACAGAAAGCACAGGAAAAGGUCAAACGCCAGGAUUGAAGGCAAAUAAAAGGUGGCAAAACCCAGGGAGAAGAGAAAAUCAGAGGGAGAGAACUGGAAUAUGAAAAGUUUGAGCAGAUUCUGAGGUUCAUUUGAUAAAGGCCAUGCUGAGUUUUGAUGCUGUUGAGACUGAGGUGAGGCUGCUGGUGAUUCCUUGGCAAGGAAACACCGGCUUGGUGCGGAGGGAAGAGCCCAAACUGGGAACAGAUGAUUCCAGAGGCAACAGGCGAUUGCUACAGGCAGGAAAAGGGAUCAGCUUUUCCUGGGAUCCCUGCAGGGAGAGCGCUCUGGAAUGAUGAAAUCUGUUCAUUUGUCUCUUUUUUGCUGCUUGACGGGCAAUGUACAUAAAUCUCCUGGCAGCUCUGAAGGGAUGUGGCUGAGUUUUGGCAGAAAUCGAAUUUUUUCUGAUUUGGGGACAUUUUUUGGCUUUGAAAAAGCCUCCAGGUGUUGUUUUGAGCUCAUUUCCCUCCAAAACUCAAGAACUCCCUGGCUGCUCCAGGCCAUUGCAGACUUUAAAUUUAGAUUUAUUAAUGCAAAUAAGCAGGAAUUGAUCAGUGGGAGUUCCAAAAACCAUUUGCCCAAAGGUGGGGAUCUAAGGCGUAAAAGUGAACUUAGUGUAGUCAAGAGAAAAAUGUUCCCCCACCCCAAAAAUUCAGCUUUGAGAACUUUAUUUCUCUUUUCAGCACACUAAAAAAUCCCAAUUAGGUGCUCAAAGCUGAGGGAAUUCCCUCCUUCUCUUCCAAAAUUCCUUGUAGAGGAAUUAAAAUGGAAUUAAUUGGCAGUGACACAUCCACAAAUUGCGUUUUUCCCUCAGUCCUGGCUACACCAAAA